AUGGGCGACCUCCGCCAGCCAGGACGUAUGGGCUCAAGCGGAGGACCCAGAGAAGAUACAGUUACUGGGCUUCUUGUGCGAUCUACCAGCAGCGAAUGGAAGAAGGGGUCGCUCAUUGCAGUGGACGCUGGAGCACACCUAGCAAAGAUAAUUCGCAUUCUCGAGGACGAGCAUGAACUGCCAUGGAACAGUCAGAUCGUUCCAGAAAAGGACUACUCUAGGACCCUGACCAGCGGUCCAUUUGCUGGAGUUCAAACUUCCAGCAUAUCUGCCAAAGCUACCGCCCUAUACAUAUUUCGCGAACUACUACAUUCAUUCCUAAUCACGCACCCUCACCUCGAUCAUCUAAGUGGUAUGGGAAUAAAUACACCUGCCCUCGAGUACGGUCGUGAAGCCAAAGCCAUCGUCGCGCUACCUUCAACCAUUGAUGCAAUAAAGAACCAUAUUUUCAAUGAUGUGAUUUGGCCGAAUCUCUCGGACGAGGGGCACGGCGUCGGAUUUGUCACCUAUCGCAGGCUCAUCGAGGGGGGAAAUCCACGCUUGGGUCAGGGUGAAGGAAGGGGUUAUGUAAAUGUUUGUGAUGGACUAGCGACGAAAUGCUGGAGUGUCAGUCAUGGCCGCUGUAGACGGCGGAGUCAAACCAUUAGUCAUCAACGCGAUGGUAGUUUGGGUUUCGCUCCUGACGGCUACCCGUUUUCUGCCCGAAGGAUCUCACAAGUGUCUGACGGGUACAUGAAUGCUGCCGGCCCACCACAUCAUGCAAGCCUGCCGGUUACCCAGCCCGCCUUUCCCAGAACUCCUGGCGCUCACAGUGAAAACGCUGACCCAAUUACCCAUUACCAACCUGUCGACAGCUCAGCGUUCUUCAUCAGAAACGACUUCAAUGGCCAAGAGAUCAUUAUCUUCGGUGACAUUGAACCUGACUCGGUCUCCCUUCAUCCUCGAAACCAAGUGGUCUGGGAAGACGCAGCGCCCAAGAUCAUCUCUGGAACGUUGAAAGCCAUGUUCAUAGAGUGCUCUUUUGACGACUCCGUCCGCGAUGAAGACCUCUACGGCCAUCUCUGUCCUCGGCAUCUCAUAGCCGAACUCGGUGUUCUCGCUGGUAAGGUAAUGACGCACAGACGAAACCAACAAGGCAUGAGCCUACAAGAGCCACCGAGCCCUGGCGCGGUCAAGAAGAAACGAAAACGAAAUAGCGACGAGCCUUCCGGCACUCUAGCAGCCGCCUCAGCCCCUAACGGCUCCGCAAACCACCUUUCCCCUACCACCCCUAGGCCGACUGACAUUCCUGCCCCAGGCCAAACUCACGCGCGCAGUCUAUCUCAUACCCGUCGCGCCAGGACUGUCCACAUCGCAGAUGGCAGCCCUCACGACCCGGCCAAGAUCCUCGGUGACGAUCAUUUGCGUCCUCUUACACCUGGCGGUUCGGUUGCUCGGCCGGAAACGCCCGGCAGGUACCAGAGUCCACAUCCUGCCGUUUCGACACCAAGCCAUCUGCCUGCACCACUGAAAGGGCUGACUGUACAUAUCAUUCAUGUCAAGGAUACUUUGGCGGAUGGGCCGCCUCCUGGGGAGGUUAUCCUGAAGCAGUUAAGAGACCGUGGAACUGAGGCUGGGUUGGGUUGUGAGUUUGAUGUCACCAGCGAUGGAGAGUCUAUUUGGAUAUGA